AUGGAAUUGACCACUAUUAUUUUUAAUGUCUGGACAUUAUUUAUCUUUUAUCGUUAUCCCCGUUUAAGGAUUCCAAUUAACUAUAUUUUGAUCAAUUUAACUAUUAAUAAUUUAUUGUAUGGCUUUUUAAUAUUACCAUUUAAGAUUGUGUCGGUUUUAACACAAACAUGGCCAUUUCAUCCUCGCAUUUGUUUACUGAGCGGUUUCAUAAAUGUAGUUGGAUUUUUAGUAGCUGUCUUUUCCAUUCUAGCAAUUAGUGUCUAUCGCUAUUUGGCUAUAGUUAGAUCACAGAAACGCACAAUUAGUAAACGAAGGGUUCUUUUUUCGAUUGGCUUUAUCUGGUUUGGUAGUGCAAUUAGUGCAAUGUUACCUCUUGUUGGUGUUGGCUCUUAUGUUUAUAUACCAAGUGCUUAUAUGUGCAUGCCUGAUCCCUAUUAUAAUCUGUUUAUAACGUUAUUUUUUUCAACGACGAGCUUUAUACUACCUGUUAUAUUUAGUGGUGUAUUAAAUUGGCGUUUAUUAGUAACAGUCAACAAGCAUUCUAAACGUAUGCAAGUUACACAUCAAAGUUGUAGUUUUGUGCGUAAGGAUAAAGGCUUAACGAAAGCCAUCUUAUCCAUUUACGUUGGAUUUUUUAUUUGUUUUAUGCCAAUUGGUAUCGUUGCCUACAUAUUAUUACCGUUGUAUGUGCCUGUACCACGCUCUGUUAUAAUAAUUAGCUCAUUUAUGAUUACCAUCCAUUCGACAACUUUUCCAUUAAUAUGUGGCUUGAUGCAUGAAAAAUUUAAAAUAUGUUACAAGCAGUGCUUAUCUGACUUAGUCGGUGGUAAACUCUAUCGUCGUCGUUCUGGUUCGUUGAAGUCUAAAUCAUCAUUUAUCAGGAGAACAUCCACUAUACGUGAUUUUCGUUGUCCAGAUAUACAAGUUCAUCAAGCAAGCGAAAAUCAUCGUUCAAAUUAUUUUAUACGAUCGCCAAUGUCAAUGGAUAAUAUUACAAGCCUCCUGAGUAAGAAAAGGCGACAUAGCACUAAUAUCUGGCGUCAUAAAACUUUUCCUGUAGUACAAUCACCGUUGCCACUUGACCGUGCAAAGAAAUACUCUAUUCCUAAUACAGAGUUAGAGCUGGAAGAUUUAACGCCUUCGACUGUAUCUUAA